CUUGGCGGUGGUACAGUAAGGUAAACAGCUAUUUCCUGUACAGUCUACCUGGAUUGAAAGAAAUAGUGAAAUGGAGUAUCUUUUCGACCAGAAUCAGGAGGAAGACUGGCCGGAAUUUUUCAUGAGGUACAAAGACAAGUUUCCUCUCUUAGUGUAUAUUGUUGGUGGAAACUAUGGCGAGACGACGUUUGAUGAUUUCUGCAGUGAUCAAAUUUAUCGAGUUGAGACAUAUUCCGAGCAAAGGCGUAUAGUAGCCAAAGCGUCAAAGGUGUACGACAGAUUGGUAGACAUCUAUCUCUCUAUCCCGAUCACCACUAAACACAAGUUCUGUGUUUUAAAGGGACAUAAAGAAAAAGCUGAACCACCCACAACCCUUGAAGAAAUUGUUAGGGAGCGCCCAUUUCCCAUUUCAGUGAAAUUUGCUCCUGAUGUAACGGAAAUCUAUGUUGGAAAUAGCCGUGAAGACGUAUCGUCCUACGCCACGAUAUUGUUGACAAGAGAAUACACAGAGAACUUUAUUCUCGGCAACUGUGUAUUGAAUGGCACAAUAUGCAAAGGCGUUUCGAUAUCGGCUAUAAGUCGUCUGAUUUCUGUGGCACCUGUAAACGGCAUUAAAGGGAAAUCAGCUGACUUCUUCCGGAAGCAACUUAACAACAUGCAAACAGCCUUGAGUAACGUCAGAUAUGAUCGCACCGUUGGGAAUCCAAGCAUAACAAAAAUAACUUCUGAAGGUACCGGGACCGGAAAUAUUCUUCCAAACAUUGAUCCGCCUUUACUUCCAGUGGAAGAACCCACCAAAAAGACAACCGAAAACUCUGAAGAUUAUGAUGACGGUAUGUAUGAGAUCCCUCCUGACGUAGGGCCUCCAUUACCACCACGGAAAAAGGAUUUACCACCAUCAUCGUCUUCUGAAUCAGCGAAUGUUCCAUUACGCACAAAGAAAUUUUACGAAAAUGCGGCGAUAGUAAAUCCCCUUCAACAUGUAAAACAGAAUACAAAAGGAGCCACACAAAAUGCUAAAUCGACAUCAACGAAAUCUGUAGAAAAUUCGCAUACUGUUCUUUUGAACCCAGGAACGUUAAAACCACAGUCAGAAAUGACAAGUUCCAAGUCAGAAGGUGGACCUGUGCAGGAUCCCAACUGCCCUUCAGCAAACCGUAGCGGUCUGUUAAGCGAAGGCAUUUACAUACAAAUGAAAGAAGGCGAUUUAUACGAAGAAUUGAGUCCGAUGCCACUGGAUGCGGAGGCGACAUAUCGACAGACUGGUGAUAACAAUGCGGCUACUACAACACCUUCAGCGAGGGCAACUAGUAGCGGGCAAACACAUUUGCUUAAUUUAUCUGUAGAGGAAAUCGGAGCUUGUUUGAAAAACUUGAAUCUUGAACAAUACGUUAAACAGUUUUCUAAUGACAUGAUUGAUGGUGUUAUCUUGAGCGAGCUGGAAAAGGAAGACUUAAAGGAAUAUGGAUUCACAAAAGUUGAACUAGUAAGACUUUGGAAGUUUAUAACCGACGGUUAUAUUCCUAGGUAAAGUUACUUUCGCUCUACACUUGCUUUUUUGAAGUUAAACGUUACUUAUACGUUUAAUCAAACUUUCUGAUGACAUAUAAAUAAAUGUAUGUUUUCUAAAUGUACAUGUU